AUGGCAGCUCCUGAGUCCAGUGAGACGCCGCCGGUCGUGCUGUUCGGAUAUGACUCCUCUCCGUUCACGCAAAAGGUCAGAUUGGCGCUUAAGCUGAAACAGAUACCCUACACAUUUGUUAUCGUUCCCUCGAUGAUGCCUCGGCCGAUCCUGAAGGACAAUUUCAACGUCACAUAUAGAAAGAUUCCUGUUGUGGCUAUCGGAAGAGAGAUCUACAUCGACACGUCGCUCAUUCUGGAGGCCCUCGAACACCAUUUCCCGCCCUCUCGAGGCUACAGCUCUCUCUACCCGUCCGGCCACGCUGCGACAUACCGCUCCCUCAUUCGGGGCUUCGCCUCCUACUGGACCGACCGUCCGCUCUUCCGAGUGACAACAGGCCUCAUCCCCGCCACCGUCUGGCGUACGCACUUUGGCGUGGACCGCGCGAAUCUCAUCGGGCACAUCCUUGAUGCGGAAAAGCUCGCGCGCAAAGUGCCGCAGAAUUUGAGUGGGUUGGACCUACAAUUGAGUUUGUUGGAGCCUUUGCUCGUUGGGGAUGGCAAGAAGUGGAUGUUUGAAGGCGACAAGCCUAGUGCAGCAGAUGUGGCGGUGUGGUAUCAGCUUGAUUGGGGGGAGAAGAUCUCGCGGGGCGAAGGAAUCAAUGAUUUGACGGGUGGAGGAGCGAGGGAUGGAGAUGGCGAAGGCAUGAAAAGCGUGUUCAAUAAGGAGAGGUACCCUGGGCUGGUCGGCUGGUUCGAGCGCUUCAAAGGUCAUCUUGACAGUCUGCCGAGCACAGAGACGAGGAUCGAGCGGACCGAUGAUGCGGGUAUCAAGAAAACCCUGCAAAGGUUGAAGGACACAAAGCUCGCGGAGCGGGUGCCAUUGACACCCACGCCGGCUGGACCUCAUCACGAGCUCGACAGGCGGAAUGGGCUUAUGACGGGUGCGGAGGUCACUAUUGCGCCUGAUGAUACUGGAAGGGAUAGUCCGACGGUGGGGACCCUCCUGACUAUCGGGCCUGAGGAAAUUGUUAUCAGGCCUCAGAAGACAGACCGGGAAGGGCCGAGGGUGGGAGCUGUGAGGGUACACUUUCCCCGGAUCGGGUUCGUGAUAAGGCCCGUCGGGCAGGCACGCCUUUGA